UUUGGCUCCCUAGCUGGCCAGGGUUGAAGAUGGGAGUGUAAGAAGCUCCAGUCUCCUGGACAGAGUGGAAUCAAUUUUCUCUUUAGUCACUGUCCUCUCCUCUCUCGAAUGGGGUGAUUCAGGGGUGACUCGGGCACUCUACACACCCCUGAAUUUUCUGGAAACAGCAAGGGGUGGUGUGUUGUGCCCCCUGGCCACAUGCAUGAGUGGUUAGGAGGAAGGUUAUAGCAGACCUAUGGGAUGAACCUGACUCCCCCCGUGUGGCCAAGGAAAAGAGGGGCGCUGGGGUCUGUGAAGGAUCUGGAGGUGUGAGGGCCAGAGCUGCCUAGCCUCUCCUGCAUCCCCAGCUGAGCCCUGCAGCCUGGCCCUGGGCCAAGAGCAGGCUGAGCAGGUCCCAGGGGCGUGGUGGUGACCAGUGGUGGAACCAGCCUACAUCAGGCCAGGCAGUCGGGCAAGGCAGUGCAAUUCGUCAGGGACAGCGGAGCUCACAGCAGCCGGAGCCCGGAGCCCGGAGAGGCAGUGCGGCAUGAGCUCUGUGUUGUACUACGCCCUGCCCGCCCUGGGCAGCUAUGCCAUGCUCUCCAUCUUCUUCCUGCGCCGGCCUCGCCUGCUGCACACACCCUACGUUCCGGCCUUCAGGACCCGCCUGGGGGCCCACCGGGGAGGAUCUGGAGAGAAGCUGGAGAACACCAUGGAGGCCAUGGAGAACUCUAUGUCCCAGCGCGCGGACCUCCUGGAGCUGGACUGUCAGCUGACUCGGGAUGGUGUGGUGGUGGUGUCUCAUGACGAGAACCUGUCUCGCCAGUCAGGCGUGAACAGGGAUGUGAGCAGCCUGGAAUUUGAGGAGCUGCCUCUCUACAAGGAAGAGCUGGAGAUUUACUUCUCACCAGGCCAGUUUGCGCAUGGGUCAGACAGGCACAUGAUACGUUUGGAGGAUAUGUUCCAGAGGUUCCCUCGGACGCCCAUGAGUGUGGAGGUCAAAGAGGGAAACGACAAGCUCAUUCACAAGGUGGUGCAGCAGGCAGGGUGGGGGGCCUGUGGCCUGGAGAGAGGCCUAACUCCCCUUCAUCUCCUCUCCUCCUUCCAGAUAGCCAGCCUGGUGAGGCACUUUGACAGAAAUGAAAUAACCAUCUGGGCCUCAGAGAAGAGCUCGGUCAUGAGGAAGUGCAAAGCUGCCAACCCUGAGAUGCCGAUAUCCUUCACAGUAAGCCGAUCAGUCUGGUUGUUACUACUGUAUUACCUGGGGCUGCUGCCCUUCAUCCCUAUCCCCGAGAGGUUCUUCUUGUGCUUCCUGCCCACCAUCAUCAACAGAACCUACUUCCCAUUCUCCCGCCCUGUGCUGAACCAGCUAGCAGCUGCAGUUUCUAAAUGGCUCAUCAUGAGGAAAAGCCUGAUCCAACACCUGGAGCAGCGAGGCGUGCAGGUGGUAUUUUGGUGCCUUAACGAAGAGUCAGAUUUUGAAUUGGCCUACAGUCUGGGGGCCACUGGCGUCAUGACCGAUUAUCCUACAGCCCUGAGGCGGUACCUGGACAACCGUAGAGCAGCUGCCCAGGUCUCCUGAGCCAGCAGGUCUCCUUUCCCUCUCCAGUAUGUCCCAAUAAAUAUUUUCUUUUCA